GGACCUCCUGAUCUCAUGUUGGACCCCAGGACAGUUUGCAUUUCCAUUGAUGAUGUAAUGACCAAUCAUACUAGCAACCAACAGACACCACUGUUAAACAAACACUUGAAAAAAUUGGAGAACAAACACCUGAAAAAAUUGGAGAACAACCUAACAGAGCCACAGCGCUUCUCAUACCUGCCACGCAGGCCUGCAGUCGAUAUUGAAUUCAGAGACCUCUCAUAUUUGGUUCCUGAGGGACCAUGGUGGAGAAAGAAAGGUUACAAGACCCUGCUUAAAUGCAUCUCUGGCAGUUUUAGCAGUGGGGGUCUGGUGGCCAUUAUGGGGCCCUCAGGAGCAGGAAAGUCAACUCUUAUGAACAUACUGGCAGGAUAUAGGGAAAGAGGAAUGAAGGGAGAUAUCUUGAUAAAUGGACAACCCCGAGAUUUGAGGUCCUUUAGGAAAGUAUCUUGUUAUAUUAUGCAAGAUGACAUGCUUCUGCCGCACUUGACGGUCCAGGAGGCUAUGAUGGUAUCAGCUAAUCUGAAACUUCUGGAAAAGGAGGAUGGUAGGAGAGAGAUGGUGUGCGAGAUCUUGACUGCACUUGGCUUGUUGGAAUGUGCUGAAACACGCACAUCUAACCUCUCUGGUGGCCAGAGGAAGCGCUUGGCAAUUGCCUUGGAACUUGUCAACAACCCACCUGUCAUGUUUUUUGAUGAGCCCACAAGUGGACUGGAUAGCUCAUCCUGUUUCCAGGUGGUUUCAAUGAUGAAAGCUCUGGCUCAAGGAGGCAGAACAAUUAUUUGCACCAUUCACCAGCCCAGUGCCAAAGUAUUUGAGCUCUUUGACAAACUUUAUGUUCUAAGUCAAGGUCAGUGCAUCUACCAAGGGAAGGUAUCAAACCUAAUCCCCUAUUUAAGUAAACAUGGACUCAACUGCCCUACAUAUCACAACCCUGCUGAUUUCAUAAUGGAAGUGGCUUCUGGAGACUUUGGUGACCACAUGACUCUGUUGGUGAAAGCUAUUAGUGAAGGAAAGUGUGAGAAAAAUUACAAAAGUGAGAUGAAUGGUGACGAUGCACUUACCUCAUUCUUUUGGCAAAAAACAUCUGAUGAGGAUUCUUCUUCCACUGAAGGCUGUCACAGCUUCUCCGCCAGUUGUCAGACGCAGUUUUGCAUCCUCUUUAAAAGAACUUUCCUAAGCAUCAUGAGGGAUUCGGUGUUGACCCACCUGCGUAUCACCUCUCAUAUUGGAAUCGGGCUGCUGAUAGGGCUUCUGUACCUCGGAAUCGGAAACGAGGCCAAGAAAGUUCUCAGCAACUCCGGUUUCCUUUUUUUCUCCAUGCUUUUUCUCAUGUUUGCUGCUCUGAUGCCCACAGUGCUUACCUUCCCUCUUGAGAUGGGUGUUUUUUUGAGAGAACACCUAAAUUACUGGUACAGUCUAAAGGCAUACUACUUAGCAAAGACUAUGGCCGAUGUUCCAUUCCAGAUUGUAUUCCCAGUGGCAUAUUGCAGCAUUGUUUAUUGGAUGACCUCUCAACCAUCAGAUGCUAUUCGAUUCAUCCUGUUCUUGGCUUUAGGUACGCUGACAUCAUUGGUGGCACAGUCUUUGGGUCUCUUGAUUGGGGCAGCAUCUACGUCACUGCAGGUUGCCACCUUUGUAGGACCAGUGACUGCCAUACCUGUGCUGCUGUUUUCAGGCUUUUUUGUCAGUUUUGACACCAUCCCAAAAUACCUUCAGUGGAUAUCUUACAUUUCCUAUGUCAGGUAUGGUUUUGAAGGAGUUAUUUUGUCUAUCUAUGGGUUGGACCGUGCAGACCUAUACUGUGACAAAAAUGAAACAUGCCACUUCCAAAAAUCCAACGCCAUAUUAAAGGAGCUAGAUGUUGAGAAUGCUGAAUUGUACCUGGACUUCAUUGUACUGGGUGUCUUCUUUGUUUCUCUGCGUCUUAUUGCUUACUUCGUCUUCCGCUACAAAAUCAAUGCUGGGAGGUAAUCAGCAAGACAGCAACAACUUUGACAAGACUAUUACAUAUAGGAAGGAUGAGCAGAGAGAACAAAAAUGGGUGAUUCUUUCUUUAAGCUGCAAAAAGGACUACUAUAUUUGUGGAGGUUCCAACAGGACAGCAAUACACUAAACAGUUUAGACUAAUCAUUUUUGGUGUUUUAUUUGACAUUUGACAUUGACAUGUACGGAUUAACUUUCCAUGUAUAUGUAUAUGUGACGAUCUGCAGUUGUUCUGAACAGCUAUAACAAAGUUGGACUCAUGUUUUGUGUUAUGCUUUUUACAUUUUAUGUAUAACAUUUUGUCUUUUGUCUGGGUAUGAUGGGUCCUGUCCUUUUAAAAAAAGGGAUACAAUACAAUUAGGUAAACAUG